AUGACAACUCUAACGGGCUCCUGCUACUGUCAAAACAUCAAAUACGAAGUCACGCUCAAUUCGCCUGAUGAUGCUCGCACCUCACUGUGUCAUUGUCGGAACUGCAAAAAAGCAUUUGGAGCCAACUACGGACUGACGGCAAAGAUACCCAAGGACGCUUUGAAGAUCACCCAGGGAAAACCAAAAGGACACUCGGCAGAUAAUGGGUCGGGUAUGGUGAUUAAUAGGGAGUUUUGUGGUAAUUGUGGGAGUUUCAUUCUCGAAUAUGGGGAAGCUGUGAAAAAUAAGUUUCGGUAUAUUGUUGUGGGUUCACUGGAUGAUCCAGAGGCUCUGCCUCCUAAGGGGGAAUUCUUCUGCAAAGACCGAGUCUCUUGGAUGCCAGAGGUACCGAGUAAGUCUACCUUCCAUGCUGACCUAGGUACAUAAGCGGCCUUUUCUGACCACACGGAACCCAAACAGAUGUAUUUCACAAGAGAGAAAUAAAUGAAUGAAAUUGCAAGGACCUCUGUUAUGCUUUGUAGUCCCCUUUCAUAUUUGAAUAAGGAAAACACAUAUCGAAUCCAGCAAACAUCAACAUGCAACCCCAAACUUUAUUGG